CUUUGAUCUCAAUUGUGUGCUCUUGUCUUCUCUUGAUUGGAGUGCAGUUACUUCCGAUUUUCCACUCUUCCGGAGUUGGCAUCGCUGGUGACUGACAACGGAACGCCCUUGACUUUACACUAUGCAAUAAGUGCUAACUUCAUCCAGCAUGCAGCCGAGAGAGAGUAGCUGGAGCAGGAAGGAGGGGCUGAGCGCUAACUCCUCCCAGUUCACACUGGAUGGUGCGGCUUUCCGCAUCCUGGGUGGCUCCACCCACUACUUCCGCAUCCCCAGAGCACACUGGAAGGACCGCCUCCUGAAGAUGAAGGCCUGCGGGCUCAACACUCUCACCACGUAUGUGCCUUGGAACCUGCAUGAGCCAUGGAGAGGAAAGUUUGAUUUCCAGAACCGGUUGGACUUAGAGGCCUACAUCCGUCUGGCUGAGGAGGUGGGGCUUUGGGUGAUUCUGCGUCCGGGACCCUACAUCUGCUCAGAAUGGGACCUUGGAGGGCUGCCCAGCUGGCUUCUGCGUGACAAGAACAUGAAACUGCGGACGACUUACCCAGGAUUCACUGAGGCUGUUAACUCUUUUUUUGAUGAGCUCAUUCCAAGAGUUGCACCUCUGCAGUACAUGAGAGGAGGCCCCAUCAUAGCAGUUCAAGUGGAGAAUGAAUACGGCUCGUAUGCGAAGGACGACCGCUACAUGGGCUUCAUCAAAGAGGCUCUGCUCUCCAGGGGGAUCAAAGAACUCCUGAUGACAUCAGACAACCGCGAGGGGUUAAAGGUCGGGGGCGUGGACGGAGCUCUCAAGACCAUCAACUUUCAGAAGCUCAAUCCCAAGGCCAUACAGUACCUGGAUGCUGUACAGCCCCGACAACCUAAGUUGGUGAUGGAGUAUUGGUCAGGCUGGUUUGACCUGUGGGGUGACCUUCACCAUGUCUUUCCAACAGAAAAUAUGCUGGCUGUGGUGACCGAGAUCCUGAAACAGGACAUGUCCAUAAACCUCUACAUGUUCCACGGUGGGACCAACUUCGGCUUCAUGAGUGGAGCACUGGCCCUGAACCCUUCGCCCAGGGGCAUGGUCACAAGCUACGAUUACGACGCGCCCUUAUCUGAAGCCGGGGGUUACACCCCAAAAUACAACCAUCUGAGGGAAUUAUUCAGUCAAUACCACAGUGAAGAGCUGCCUGAGAAGCCUGCCCUCCAGAGGCGGAAAGAGUACAGUGCAGUUGGCAUGAAUCAGCACUUGCCCCUGUGGGAGACCCUGCGGUUUGCUGAGCAGCCUUUUAUAUCAGCGACGCCGGUCAAUAUGGAGAACCUUCCGGUGAACAACGGCAAUGGCCAGUCCUAUGGGUACACCCUGUACGAGACCACGGUCACCAGCGGAGGGGCUCUGAACUCCAGGAACAAAGUCCGCGACCGCGCCCUGGUGUUUGUGGACCAAGUUUACAUCGGGGUUCUUGACUAUAAGACUGUGGAACUUGCAGUGCCUGAUGCAAAGGGAGAACGAAAGCUGAGUUUACUGGUGGAGAACUGUGGAAGGGUGAAUUAUGGGAAAGUUCUGGAUGAGCAACGUAAAGGUUUGGUAGGAGACAUAGCCUUCAAUGAUAUCGUACUUAGAGACUUCACCAUCUACAGCCUGGAUUUGAAUCCUAAUUUUAUCAACAGACUGGGCAAAGAGCCCUGGAAAGCCCCUCCAGACAAGCCUGGUUUCCCGGGAUUCUUCCAGGGCCAGCUGCACGUGGACGGCUAUCCCAGGGACACCUUCCUGAAGCUUCCGGGUUGGAGUAAAGGAGUGGUCUUUAUAAACGGGCAGAAUCUUGGACGCUACUGGUCCAUAGGACCCCAGCAAACCCUUUACCUACCAGGACCCUGGCUUCACAGUGGGGUGAAUCAGGUCAUUGUGUUUGAGGAACAGGAGGCCGCAGCUAAACUCCAGUUCUCCAGAAGCCCUGAGCUGGGAAUGACGGUCGAUGUUUAGUGAAGCCAGGUCCAGGCGACCCUGCACAAGCUCCUGAUGCUCUUUUCGUUAUCCCAGCGGCCACCGGUCAUUCCGUCCAUCACUAAAAGGAUGACAGCUCUGGCAGUGCGCCGGCCUCCAUUAUCGCCAGCCCAGGAGCGUGAGGGCCAAUGGAGGGGCCUCUCUCCCAAAGCCACGUUUACACCAGGCAGACACAGAGCAGUAAUGUGUCAUAUCCCAUACGUGCUUCAGAUGUACCGUAAUAGUGGGGUCGCAUCAGUUACUGUGCAUUUGUGCUAUAAUGAAAUGCAGGGAGGCCAAUAUCGCAGUGGGCAUUUGCCAAUAAGGUCAAGCAAAUAUUGGAUAUUGAUAACAGCCCCAUAACUUCCAUAUCAUGCAUCCCUAGCGCAUACUGUAAAUAAGAGUAUGUGACCAUUUUCAGGAGAGGUCCAGUCAAAGCUUCCAAAGUGCUUUUCAAUGUGUUUGAUGUGAUAUGCAUUAAACCAGGGAUCUCAAAGUUCAGUCCUGGAGUUUGAGAUCCUUGCUUUAAACGCUUACAUAAGCACUGUGAACUGAAGAUCAGUUUGAUCAUACCAGCUCGUUUCUGUGUUUUUGAAAAAAUUGUUUCUUUAUAAAGUGAGUAGCUGGCCAUUGCCUGUUGGUUUGUUUGUCCGUUUGUUUUUAGUGCUACUCACAUGGCCUUUGGCGUAUGCUUGAAGCAUGUUUUUAAUGAACAUUAAUGUCUUGUUUUGAUAGUUACAUUUUAAUAAAUAAUAAAUCUCGGUUGGGCUCGAUCAACCCCAAAGUGACUUGCCAAAAUGAAAUGUUGAACAGGAGUUCAUCUUUAUUUGUGAAUCCUUUGUCCUGAUCAAACAUGUUUACUUUGUUUCAUAUGCAAAGCCAGUGUACUGACAUGGCUUACAAAAUUCAGUACACUUACUUUUGUUCAUUGUGUAUAAAGAGUAGCCAGUUUUAAAUGCUGCGAAUAAUCACAUUUUAUGCAAAAAAAAGAAAAGAAAAGUAUUUUCAGAAAUUACCACAGAAACCACUAAUUGGAACAGGAGGCAGGGAUAUUGCUUUUGUUCCAGCUGCUGUGUAUUAGCAAUAAAAUACAUUUAGUGUGGGAUUAAAUUAAAACGUGUUGCAAAAGCUGCAGACAAAAAUGUAGCACCGAACUGUUGAGUCUUAUGACUUUGGACCAAAUGACAUUAAAUCUAUAUUGUGCACCACACACACAUUCAGGCCAACUAUAGAGCAAUUUGAGUGAAAUGGCUGGUACUUUAAAUGUGUUUUGUACUAUCAGGACAUCGGAAGCUCUCUGUUAAUAUGUUUUUUUAUUAGUACUAUGGUCAAGGGUAUGGUUUUGUAAACUGAAAUGUAAAUUGAAUGCAUACAAUUGUAUUUUGAAAAUGACAUGUUCCUUGCCAAAUUCAACCAAAUGUUUGAAUAACUAUACUAUACUGUCAUGUAUUUUGUAGCAUCUUACUCAGUGGGCAAAAGCACACAUAAUCCUUGUUAUGAGAAGAUGUUUAGAUGUGAGGCAUAGAAUGCUGAGCCUUACGACAGUAAUAACUCUGUAACAAGUUCUAUGGAAAUCAGUUGUUUUAAACUGAUAAUAAUAUUUAUGCAAGCUUAUGAGGGUUUUGAUGCUUUAUGUGGUGCUAUAUGGGGAUGUUUUCGUUCUUCCAAAAUGAGGUGUUUGUUGUUAACAUUAAAAAAUACUCUGAACUGUUUUUCAACAAAUUUAACAAAAAUGUUUGUAUUUGUUGGUGAUAAAAUUGCUGUGUAAAAUAACACUGUCAUUGAAAGGCAAACAAACAUGGGAUUUUAACAACCCCCCUUCCCUCCCAAAAAAGGAUAAAUAUGUUUGUUUCUCUUAUGUUUAUGCUCAGAUUGUAUUGCACAGGACAGAUACUUCCUGACAUGUAUCUGUUUCACACAGAUAAUGCUUCUGUUUGGCAGUGUUCUCAACUCAGCUGUCAGUGGAAUACAGAUCUUGGCUUGAUAUAAUUGGA